CUAUCUUUAUUUGUAUUACUAAUAGCAAAUGGCUAGAUUCUCUUUAUUAUUAUUGUUGCUGGGCGCUCUUACAAAAGAUAGCCUCACGGAAGAAUGUCCAUAUAAUUGGAAAUAUUUUCAAGGCCAUUGUUAUUUGGGUGUCUCGGGAUACCCUGAGAGCGCUCUUUCAUGGUAUGAUGCCGAAGAUAAUUGUAGAAGAAAGAAUGCUACCUUAGUAUCAAUUCUAUCUUCGGAGGAAAAUGAUUUUGUUUCGAAUCUGGUAAAACCGAUAAUGUUUACAGAUGACAUCUGGAUUGGUUUACACGCUCUAACUUAUCCUGGGAAAUUUAACUGGUCCGAUGGAUCCAAACUGAGUUACCAAAUUUGGGAUUCAACUAGAACUUCAGCCAAUAAAUGCGUAGCUUUAAGGAAAGAUAACGGGGAAUGGAAAGAUAAAAACUGUGGAUAUCUCCAAGGUUUUGUUUGCAAACGAAUAUCUGGAGACAAGUUUGUACCACCUCCAGUUUCAAUUUAUGUACCAAGUGGUAACUGUCCAGCAACUUGGUAUAAAUACGGCUCAAAAUGUUAUAAAUUUUUUGGUGAAUCAAACGACGAAAAAGUGACGUGGAAAGAAGCCAAAGAAAAAUGCCAAUCUCUCGGAGAAAAUCAUUUUCUAGUUUCCAUUCACAGCGAAUCCGAACAGAUGUUUCUAACAAGUCUACAAGCUUAUCACAAUUACGAUGCUUGGAUCGGACUGGAAAGAAGUUACACUUCCAAACUCGAAAUGUGGUCAGACAAUUCGAUAUUCAAUUACACUAAUUGGGUUCCUGGCGCUGGAGGUUAUUAUUGGGUAACACAAUGCGCUAAAUUAACAUCUACGAAGAAAUCUGCUGGAAAAUGGGUUCCUACUAUGUGCAACACAAAAUCAGGCUACAUUUGUCAAAGAGAACCCGAUCCCGCUUAUAAACCUCAUGUAAUUGAAACCAAUAAGGAUUGCCAGAAAGGUUAUAGUAAUUACAGAAACGCCUGCUAUCGUUUAGUUAAACAAAGAAAUUCAUGGUCUGAAGCAGAAAAGCAAUGUCGUCAAGAAAAUGGGCAUCUUGUUUCCAUUAAUGAUAACUUCGAAUUUGCUUUUCUUUAUAAUUUCGUUAAGGAUGUCAAAGAAGAUUUAUGGAUUGGAUUGAGAGACGAAGAUGGAGACGGAAUUUACAGCUGGACGGAUGAUUGGCCUAAUUUAUUUUUGGCUUGGGAAAAGCGACCGGGUCAGUCCAAGACACCCAAAUGCACCUAUAUGAACAACUCCACUCGACUUUGGAAUGUCGAUAAUUGCAAACUUUAUCUUCCUUACGUAUGCAAAGUGACUCCAGAAACUCCACCAGCAAUUCCUAUUAUAAAACAUAAGGGUAAAUGUCCUUCUUACUGGAACGAUGCCAUGGAUUUUGGAGGAAAAUAUUGUUAUCAAAUUAUUAAUCAACAGACAUUAUCCUGGGGGAAAGCUUUGCAGCUCUGUCUGACCCAUGGUUCCACAUUAGCAUCUUUUCAUUCCAUUUAUGAAACCGAACUUCUUUGGCCUCUGAUCGGCGACGAUUCCGAAAAAUUAUGGCUGGGUCUCUUCAAGAGAUUUGAUGGCGAAUUUGUAUGGCAAGAUGGCUCAAAAGUAAAUUUUACUAAUUGGAACCCCAGUGCCAGAAAAGAAGGUGACUGCGUUUACAUGACUUCGAUCGACAUGAAAUGGAUACAACAACCUUGUGACGAUGGAUUUUCUCACCCAAAACCUCUUUGCAUGAAAGAAAAAGAUCGCUCUUAAACGCCCGUCCAUCAGUGAAACUGAAAUGUAUUUUAAAAACUGUUUCGUAAUUUAAUAAAUAAUUUUAACGUAA